CGGUCACGUGGCCGCGCCGACGCACCUCAUUGGCCGGCCGUCUGUAACGGCUCGUUUUGGCAGUGUUUAAAAUAUUUGAAAUAAUCCUCAGUCACCCGGCGCCGGAGCCACAAGGACUGCGGUCGUUGGAGUCCGCCCAAGUAAAGACAAAAUGGCUUCGUUCCACAUCCACACCGACCAAGAGAAUCGGCCACCAGAACUUCGAAAGGCCAAGGAUGUGUCUGCCAACUCGCAGGCUCAGCAAAAACGGACGGUUCUAGGUGUGAUCAACGACAAUGGGUCUCGUGCUGGCCAAAGUCGCGGCCUGAAGCCGGAGAAAAAGGGUACUUUUAAAAUUCAUGAAGAUGUCGAAGACUUCAAAAUCCAUGAAGAUGUUCCUGACCAGCAAUCUGAACAAUCCGCAGUCCUCGUUCCUGAAUUGUCUAAGGUGGUUGCCGCUGCCGAGCCCAAGGAAGAUGAGUCAUGUUCUGUGCUGGACGCAAGACCUGUUGUCGAAUCUGCGGAACCUGAAGCAGAUGUGUCCAUGUCUGAAAUUUAUCAGUCUCCGAUGCAAGUUGAUGUAUCUAUUGUUGAUUCAUCACCAAGAACAAGGAGUAAAGCUGUGGCAGAGAGGAUUCUUUUCGAUAUGGAUGAGUACAGGGAUGAUAUUUACGAUUACCUGCUUGAAGCUGAAACCAAACAUCGCCCCAAGCCUAACUACAUGCGUAGGCAGCCAGAUAUCACAUACACCAUGAGGACCAUUCUUGUUGAGUGGAUGGUCGAAGUUGCUGAGGAGUAUAGAUUGCAGACUGAAACUUUGUACCUUGCAGUGUCAUACAUUGACCGCUUCCUUAGCCUUAUGUCUGUAGUCAGAGCCAAAUUGCAGCUUGUUGGUACUGCUGCUAUGUUCAUUGCUGCUAAAUAUGAAGAGAUCUAUCCACCUGAUGUUGGAGAAUUUGUCUACAUCACAGAUGACACUUACACUAAGCGCCAGGUUCUGCGCAUGGAGCAUCUUAUCCUGAAAGUCCUGGCUUUUGAUAUCUCUUCUCCAACUCCCCUAGUUUUUAUUACUAACUACUGUGUAUCCUUUGACUUCUCAGAAAGAGUCAUGUUCCUUGCUAUGUACCUGUGUGAACUCUCCCUCCUGGAGGGUGAUCCCUACCUUCAAUUCUUGCCUUCUGUUCUGGCAUCUUCCACCAUUGCCUAUGCCCGACAUGCCCUGGGAUUGGAGGCAUGGCCAACAGACAUUGCAGACAGCACUGGAUACCAACUCUCCGCCCUCAUUCCCUGCAUAACCCACCUCAACACCACUCACGCCAGGGCCCCUCACAUUCCCCAGCAGGCUGUUCGGGAAAAGUACAAGAACAAUCGCUGGCAUGGCGUGUCUCUGGUCAACCAUCGCUUGAUGGUGUUUAAUGAUGAUGCACUUGUUGUUGAAUAGGUUGUGAUUCUUGUUGUUUUUUUUAUUGCCAAAGUAACAGCUUUGUCUGCAAAAUGUCGAGGCCCAAUUUGAAACCUGUUUUCUGUUGCUGAUAUGUAGAGGCAUUUUAAGUGCCUGUCUCACUUUUUGGUAUGUCAGUUAACUUCUCUUAGGUAUGUUUCGAGCUUACUCUUGAAUUAGGCUCAACCAUUGUGCCUUGUACUUGUAAGCUGUUUGGCAGAUGAGGUAUUUUGAUAUUUUGUACAAUCUGUAUUAUAGUACAUAAUUUUGUAUUAGUUUUUAUGUUAAAUUAUUCCGAUACAUUAUGAUUGACAUUGCUGACUUUAACAUUUCAAACUCUCAUUUUAAUCUGUGAUAAAACAGUUUCGUACUGUUAAUCCAAUGAAAUCACAACAUAUUUAGUUUCAGAAAUUGAAUCACUCGUGCUCUUGUGUGUCCAUUCUGCAAUUUCGUUGAGGCAGUUAGUUCUAAAUUUGAAGGGCCAUCCCAUGUUGUUUUUAAUGUUUUACUUGGAAGUGGCACUUCAACUUGAUGUCUGUAUAUUCUUCACCUAGUGUUUUAACUUGUUUUCUCUGCAUUCCAGGAAAAGGUUUGUAUUUUUCUCCAAGUACUUAUGAGUUUUUAAAAAGUAAUCACUGGAGCUUCUAAUCAAGAAGAUUCCUAUAAAUGUAGCUGUACUGAGAAGGCCAUCUCCGCUUGAUAUUGUGUGUUGUAAUGUAAGUUGUGAUUGAUCAAAUUUCUGUUCGACCUUUGUAUGGUCUUCAGUUUCUCACUGUGUGUUAAUACUUGUCACAUUAUUUUACUGUUGAAUGUAACUCCUGUGACAUUUUUAUUUAAUUCCUAGCAGGCUGUGCAUGCUUACUGCUGACUAUUCCUCAUUAAAAAUUGACUGUAUUUA